UAGUUUGUCGAGUAAGCUGGCAGGAUGUCCCAGCGUUUAAUAUUUCACAAGCGAAAUGAUUCCAGUUUAGUUUAUUAGUGCUUAUAAUAAAGUAGAUAUCAGAUGAUGUUAUAAAUUCUUUUUUGGUGGCUUUACAAGGCCUUAUCACAUUACUGUCGUAAAGUUAAUCUUAGCUAGUUUCAGCUAGCUAGCUCUCAGACGUGCAAAGUCUGCUCUCUUUGCAAAGCUGCGACAUUAUUUUCGCUGGUAUAUUCUUUAUGCUACAAGCUCACCUUUCCUUGUGCUGAAAUGGUGCUUUCCUUGGUGAGUCUUUGUGCCAGAGAGGUGGUGAGUGACCACAGCUCGUCGCCGUGCUGGUUGAGGUGGGUGCCCAGGGAGCUGUACAGAGCGCUGCUGGAGGCCUCCUUCACCAGCUGCAGACCGCUGGCUGUGGGUGAGCUGGUGCAGAGAUGGCCUGAACGCACUCUGCGUGUCGGAGGAAAGAGGAAACACGGACAAUCUUCUCCAAAUCGACUCUGCAUCCAGGCUCUGUUACUUGCAGUUGUGAGAGGGUUGUCGGAUCAGAGGUGUGCUCUGCAGGUGCUUGACCUCUGUGGGCUGCAAGGAGAUGAAGGCGGGAUGGGAGACCCCAUGGGCGGCUGGUCUCUGACCGUAGCUCUCUGCACCAUGGUUGUUCAGGCCAGAGCUGGAGCACAAAGGGCACAGCGGGAGAGGAAGAGGUUCUCAGCUUUAGAGAGAGAAAAGGAUGUGAAAAGAGAAAGGGGACAGCGAAAGAGGGGAAAGGAUACAAGCACAGAUAAUAAGGAGCUGGAGGGUAAUGACAGAGAGAGCACGGGAUCAUGUGGGACUCUGGGUGAAGAGGAGCUGAUUAGAGGUGUCAGGAGGAGGAUGGAGGCAGAGAAGAAAAGAGAGACCACAGCGACAGGUUCAGGAGGCGGCAGAAAGGAGACUGAAGAAAAAGAUGUGAAUAGUGAUGUUUUGGUGCAUGUUAGAGCAGAUCUUUUUGUCAAUGCUCGCUCUUGGGAGCGUGUUCGUGGGGCUCUGAGCACAUUGGGGCCCCUCAAGCUUCAGUGCAGAUACCUACGGGUGGAAGAGAUUUCAGUUUCUAGUAUUAAGACCCUGCUGGGGCUCUUGCCUCCGCAGGGUUUUCUAGGCAUUGAUGUUCGCUACAGCAGCCUCGGGGUGGCUGGCUUGGCUGAGCUGCUGCCUCUGCUCUCAGCCUUCCCUGCACUGAACUCUCUUCGCCUGCACUACUGUAACUUGGAUUUUCGCAGAGACCAACCUGGACAGGAAGAGGCUCUGAGGAACUUGUCUCAGGGUCUGACACAGCUGCAGGAACUGCGACGACUCAGCCUCACAGCGCUGCGCCUGCCUGGACAACUGCGCGUGUUGCUUAGCUCACUGCCGCAGCCACUAGAGAUCCUGGAGCUGCCGUAUCUGAGCCUGAGCCCUGCUGACCUUGCCUAUCUGUCCUGCAGCCAUCAUGCUUCCACACUGCAGCAGCUCGAUCUAAGUGAGAACCGUCUGGAUGAAAACACCCUGACCUCCAUUCGCCGCCUCCUCUUCCAGGCUUCCAGCAGCCUGCAGCACCUCUCCUUAAGUGGCUGCGGCCUGACUGACAGCCUGCUGGGAACCUUGCUGCCCUCGCUCGGAGGCUGCACGGCCCUCAAGAGCUUGGCUUUGGCCCUGAACCCCCUCUCCAUUGCCGGCCUCAUGGACCUGGUGAGGACGGCUGUGAGGAUUCCCUCUCUCCGUCAGUUACUGUACCCCAACCCCCUGGAGGACUACCAGCCAGGCCUCCCUGACCUGCCCUCCAGCGCUCAGCUCUUAGACUGGCCACUGGAUGAAGCUACAGACAUCAACAUCACCAGCAGCCAGCUCAACAGGGUGCUGAUAGACAGCAGGCGCUCUGACCUCUUUCUGACAUGCGACCUGCUCAAUUAUGAUAAAGACUUGGUUGACUAGAGUCGAGGUGAAGGGACGGACACGGGUGCUUUUUAGAUUGAUUACCAGCACAUACCAGAGCAAUGUAUAACCCUGACAAUCAAAUUGUCAUCAUAACAUUAAAUGAUCAGUUUUUUAUCUUUUCUUUAUUACAAUCUGUCUCAUGUGAAGUUAGAGUAGAGUUAGCGGGCCUUUCCUUCUUUUUUUUCCUUUUUGCCUUUAAUUAACAGGAGAGUUAUAGUGUGACAGGAAGGAAGGAAGGAAAUAGCUUCUUUUUUUUAAAGAUUAUUUUUUGGCAGUUUUUCCGCGUAUUGAUUGGACGGCUGUAGAUUGACAGGAAAUGUUAGAGAGAGAUCGGGAAUGACACGCAGCAAAGGGCCACAAGCCAGAAUCAAACCUGGGCCAAGGGGAGGACUUGAGGAUGUACAAACUGGAAAAUGAGGCUUAUAGUGUCACCAAACCAACAGGUUUGUUAUUGUUGGGAGAUCAGGUUUUCUCCUCUAGGAAUGGGAGAACGUGCAGUUUUUAUAUUUGUUUGCCAGACAAAAGGGCACAUGGAGGUGAUUACAACCUCUACUCUUUCUGAGACAUUAUUAAUCCAUGGCUUAAUAAAAUGGUUUCUUUAAUAAGUUAACUUGUUUACUGUAUAAAAUGUAAUUGAUGCACAUGCUGGUUUUGUACCAAAAUUUACUGUAUGCUUUAUUACCAUGUAUUCAGGAUAGUUGGGAUACAAAGAUCCCACUGGUUGAAGAUGACAGGCAGUCUGCCCUCGUGCCUUUAUAACUGUUACCAGGACAAGUCUUUCAUUCAAAAACGGUAUUUGAUCAGCUGUUUUAUGCUACGCGUCGACAACCAAAUCUACAAUACCUUUGACAGUAGUUUAUAAUGUGUUUGCUAAAUAUUUACAGAAUUUUUCCGUGAAUAGGAAAUGAAUGUAAUUGGAGUUUUUUCACUAAGUAAUGUGCUUUCUCUUUAUGCUGAUCUUAUUUACAUAUUUGUCAUAUUAUAUUUCUUGAAUAUCUGUUUUUUCAUUCAACUUGCAUAUCAAAAAGUAUCACCAUUAUCAGAUAAUGCGUGUACCAAAUCAUCCUUGUACCACAUGAAUGCAUCUACAUGCUGUAAGUCACUGAAUAAAUCAGUC